CUUUUCCGUGUCCUCUUGCUCUGUGCUUCCCUAGUUUCGUACUUCAUGAUCACGACCGCUCAGCCAGCUACCGUCCAAUUCUCCGACUGCUUCUCGAGCCCGAACAUCUCCCAGAAACUUGACGUCUCCACCGUAUAUGCUCAAUACUUCCCCAAGAGCUCGAAUGGCCCUUACAUCAACUUCACCGUAAUUGGCACGUCGCCACAGCAAAUAGUUUCCGCUUCAAACGGAACCAAUCCUGUCGCCACGACACUGUUCACGACCACCGAGGUACUCACCUUCCCACAACCCAACAACCACGGCAACUCGUUCUUCUGCGCAACCUUGCGUCCGGCGUCCCCCCUCCCCGCCGAUCCGAGUGGCAGCUUCUGCCCCCUUGACCCUGGACCCUUCGCGUUCUCCUCAUCCGUGCAGGUUCAGCCAGGUUCAGCGCUUUUGACCUUGGACACCCGACUUCGCGCCCUUGACCCAUUCCAAACUGAACUCCUCUGUCUCGACGUGAACACCACGAUACUCGAUCCGAGCUCUGGCGGUCCCGAUUCAGUCUAUGGCCAUGCAAACAUCAUUUUCUGGAGUACCGUUGGCUUGGCAAUAGGGUACUGGGUAGUGGUUGGCAUCGCCCGCCUGGUCGCCGCGUGGGGACGAGGGUCAUCGAGGGGUGGGAACGGAUUCUUGGCUAGGGUGGAGGGAGCAGGCUUCGUCUUGGCUAGCGCGUUGAGUGGGGAACGAUUCGCGUCCUCGCCCGCGCUCAUGCGUUUUUGUACCCCGUCGCUGAGGGAUAUCGUUUUCCAUACCCAAUGGUGUGCGGUCCUCUCUAUGGUCGCUGUACAGUGGCCGAUGUUCACAUAUCCACUACUGUCUCAGACGGCCUGGGCGACUUUGAGUUAUAACAUCUCGCUCACCCAGGGGAAGAAUGCAGAUCAUCUCCGUUGGAAUCCUCUCACGGUCCAGCCCUACAAUCCUCCUUCAAUUUUCGCCGAUCAACUGAAUGACCCAUCUUCGCCCAUAUUCAUCGAUAGCUCCGCGCCGAACUUCUUGUUCCAGCUACCGCCGAACGCAACUACUGGGAUGUCCGCGUUCGCGUGGUCUGUUGGACUGCGGCCACAGGACCUGUUCGGCAUCUGUGUCUCGAUCUUCCUGGCCAUCGUUGCUGCGACCAUCGUGCUCAGUGUCCUUGUCUGGGCAUUGGACUUCUUCAUGUCGCUGAUUGCGGGAGCGGCGGGCGGCGGCGCCCCAACCCCGACUGGCUUGGGAGGAACGCGGAGCCCGCGCUAUUCCUCCGCGAGCAAGGACAUGCUUGAUGGUAUCGGGAUGUCUACAACCGACGAGAACCGGUCUCUCAACGGCCACUUCUUGUUCUCCCGCUCGACUUCUCGUUUCCCAAAUACUCGAGCAUGGUGGAGAUGGAGAAGCAAUUUCGUCUCCUUCCAUGGCAGCGCCCUCCACGGCAAUCUCGUCCGCCUUCUCGUACUGUUCCACCUGCCGAUAACCGUCUUCUCGUGCUAUCACAUGAGCCUGCCUAGGAGCCAAGCCUCGGUGGGCUCUGUUGUCCUCGCCGCGCUGUCGUUCGUAUUCCUAUCGGUCCUUAUCCCAGCCUUUCUGGUAUUUCGGCUGACGACCACGAGGACGAGCAAGCUCUAUGACGAGACGUGGACCCUUCUUUCCCUUGGGCCAUUAUAUAACCACUACAGGCACGGUUCUCAGCUAUUCGCUUGCACUCUCUUCGCCAUCAACAUAGCCUUUGGGGUCACCAUUGGUUUCGGCCAGAAGAGCGGAACUGCGCAGGCUAUCGUCAUCCUCGUGGUUGAAGUCGCAUCCGCGCUUGGCACAAGCGUUUGGUUACCUUGGGGCCAGGGCGCGAGCAUGGGGCUCAUUAGCUUUCUUUUCUGCGUAGGCCGAAUUGUAAUAGCGGUCCUUCUCGUCAUCCUCACCCCAGUUGUCUCUAUCGGCGCUGGAGCGGCGCAAUGGGUCGCAUAUGCGAUUCUGUUCAUAUUGGGGCUGAUCUACCUGGCCUUCCUGCUUAUGUUGAUCGUCAAGAUCGUAGAGGCCAUCCUCCGCAUUGCUGGCGGUAUCGGGUUUGGCAGGAGCCGACACGUGGUCGACAGCGGCCUUCUCGGUACCUUGGGUCUCAUGGGAUGCUGCGGACCCCGACAUCCCCACCGCAAUGGCGGGUACCGUCCGGCUGUCGACCGACCUCCAUCCACCUUGGCGCUGCCCAGACCUAUGCCGUUGUACAAGAAUUCGACUCCACCUUCUUCAGGCCCGCCCUCCGUACUCCGUCCCGAGCACGCGAUGCAGCCAUACAAGGAGGAUAGCGACGAUGAGACUGGGUUCAUCAUGGGUGCAUGGCAACCAUUCCCCGGCCCUGGGAUGAGUCAGGUGGAGGAGCAAGCCCCGCCCGAGCCCCCGAAGUCUGGCUUUGCCAGGGUCGCAGGUGGACGCGCUCAUUACGACUCGCCUUACGCCAUAGCGUCUGGGUCCACCACGACGUUCCCGUCGGAACGCAACAGGGGCCCCGGUUCGUUUGCAAAGUCAACUCCAUCAGUGGUUCAGGACUCGCCGCCUCCCACGCCGUCAAUCGCGUCCGCGGCAAGGGGCCUUCCUCCAGGCGCUAUGCCCCCUGCGCACGUACGUACGAAGUCGCAGACCGCGAUCAUCGAGAGCGCGCCUUUCAUGGCGGCACAGGCCGCUACAGUCGCCGGUGGGAGCGGCGGCGCUUUGUCGGGGCAUCAGGCCGACGCUGUUGCGGCGCUGGCCGCUGAGCCUCAACCGAAGAAGAAGUAUUGGUACAGCAGGAAGAAGAAUCGCCGGAUGAGUGAGAGCGAUGCGCCGCUGAGCGACCCUGUUCCAGUCAGCCAGGAGUCGGGCAGGUCUUUCGUGGUCAUGCGAAAGCCGCGUCCCGGGAUGCCGUCGCCAUCGCAGGGCUCGUCGGCAUCACAGCCGCUGGAGGGCGCGGACGAGCAGGGGCGCCGAUCGUUCUCGGUGCUCCGAGGUACGAGCCACUCGGACCCACAGACACCAGCAGCGUCUUGACAUUCUUCGUAACACUUCCAUUGUCGUCGUGUUGUCGCUCACUGUUGGUAGAUACUGUUGUAUACUCUAUUCUCCCUUCAUUUCUAUCGCCUUUUGCAUGGGACUCAACUGCACUAGUCUGUACACCUGGGACAUACAUUUUAUCCUAUACAUGCUGCUUUCAUCUCAUGACAAUAGCUUGGAUAUACAGUCCGUUGUCCGUUGUCCGUGUAGUCAUAUCGAAUGGUAGCACUACUCAAAAUCGUCGAAGCCGUCAUCCUCCACGCUAGCAUCACCCAGCCAGAGGACACGGUAAUCCUCUGCGCCCUUCUGUACCCAACCAUAAACACCUUCCCUGAUCUGCAAUCGUCGCGCCCCUUCCUCGUCCUCCAGCGUUGAGGACGCAUAGGUAUCGGCGCUGGAAGUUGAGAGAGAUCGCUGCAGACCGCCUUGGUAGAACGGCCGAUCCCAGUGGCCACCGACCAUGAGCAUUCCUGCGGCGCCGCCGACAUCGGCCUGUGUCCGCACAGGAUCCUGGGCUCUGCCCUUCCCCUUACGCUCCGAGAGUUGAGAUAGCGGUACCUCCAGUACCUCGACGCCGUCCUCGCCGAACGCUAUGGCCUGCAAGUAGGGAGAUUCUUCCGGGUUAUCAGAGUUACAUAUUCGAACGGCGACAUGCGUCGGCGUCGAUGUCCAGUACAGAAUGCGAUAUGGAGGUACAGCGGAAACCUUGGCGGGGAGGGGGUGCGUGACUAGCUGCGACUGCCUCCCGCGGGUGAGAAGGUACAUCUGCGUGAAGGUCGUGCGCCCGCCCGGCCCCGGUACGUCAAACUUGACGGGGCGGAUCCAUACGCCCUUCUCCUUGCUGAAGCCACGGCCGUCCCAGGAUGCGCGAGAGCGGCGGGAGGUGAGCGAGCUCACGCUAGGGGCAUUCAUCAGAGCGGCUUGCUGUGCGCUCCAGUUGUCCUCGUAGAGCUCGACUUCGCCCACGGCGGCGUCCGCUAUGCGGAUCGUGCCCGCCUUCUUUUCGAAGACAACGAAGAGAGAGAGCUGAGUAGGGUAUACUCGAACGUUCGAGCCGAACGAGAGCACGCGAUUGUGACGGUGCGACGCGCUAUCCAAUGGGGCCGUUCGCGGGAAGACGUCCGACGGGCUUCUGGACAUGCUAUCUUGCACGGACUGGUGGAUGAAGGUGAUGCUCCGUGCUGGAAGUGGCGUGUAAAAUUCCUUCGAGAACCGGAACGCACGUUCACCCUUGGGAGCCUCGUAGAGAAGUAUUGACGACUUCGUCGCGAUAGCGAGAAGCACGCCCCCCGGACCCCGCUGACCUUCGUUUCGCCAAACCUCGUACAGAAGGACUGAACUAUUCUGUAGUCGAGAGCCGCUCGAAGCGAGCGGAGUAUAGUUCGUGGCCCAUCGUAGCGGCAGUUCGUUCACCAUGUCCCAGUCUGAGUCACCCGAGUCCGCUCGUGACGGAGGUGCGACAGCCUUCGACUUUCCAGGUGAAGUCCAAGAGUCGGUGAUAGAUGAAUACGACGCCCGAGGCUCGGGCUGUCGUGGUGGUGACUGAGGUUGGGCGAUACCAUUGUCGAGCACGAGGUUCUUCAGCCCUUUGGUGAUGGAACUCGGCGGUCGGUGAUGCUUCUUUCCAUGGCUCUGAGAGUUUUUACCGCUCGAGCGCAGGUCCAGUGGUCGGGCACCCUUUUGAGUGGAAUAGUACUUCGCCAGACUAAUGAGGCUGCUGAGAUUGUACAUACGCAGAGUUCGCAUGCUUUCUUCUCGUUCUUUGGCCGAAGUUUCUUCGGUGCUCACGAGCGCAAGUACUACACCCUGAGGGGUUCCUUCGCCUGUGCUCUCUGACUCUAGGAUCGACAUCUGGUGCACACCUUCGCCUUCCCAGAUGAGCUUCGCCUCGGCGUCAGCCGGACCCUUCUCGGUAUCAUCGUCUUCGUCCCAUUCACCAGGGAACAUGUCCAGCACCGAGAGUCCGUUGUCAUGGCCAAUAAGCAGCAGACGAUGGUUGUUGAGCGGGAGCAGACAACGAAUCGGAAAAGUCGUGUGAGGCAAAAAGCGCGAGCCAAAGUUAUACAGCUUGAGAUGGGAAGGGUCCAAUGACUCAGGUAUGAGGGUCUGUGGAGGCGGAGGAUAGUUCGCGUGAGCAAAUGGC